AUGGCUCUUUCGAAUAUUUAUAGAGGCUCGGGCAUGCUUCGCGCGGUAUUUGCUCGCUCAGCGUUCUCGACGCACCGCACUUGCUCUGCUCAACGAAGACUUACGACUCAAGCGAAUGACCGCGGUCACGGAGCUACUUCGCUGCCGAAUUCACGAUUGAGGGCGUUUGCGGACGAUGAAAGGUACGAAUCGAGUGUUUAUGGCGAACUCCACGCACGUGGCCUCGUCGAGGCGUGCACGAAUGAGUCAGUGUUGGAGGGGAGUUCUUUACGAGUUUACUGUGGUUUUGACCCCACUGCGGAUUCCUUGCACAUUGGCAAUUUGCUAGGUAUAGUCGUACUAUCCUGGUUUGAGAAGUACGGACACACACCAGUCGCUCUGAUUGGCGGGGCGACAGGUAGAGUGGGCGAUCCUUCUGGAAAGUCUUCGGAGCGACCUAUACUGGACGAAACUACAAUAGCUGUGAACGCUGAGGCUAUUUCCAACACGAUCCAAAAGAUAUUGACAGAUAAUUCCACUGAUACGUCGCUAAUAGUCGUCAAUAACGUCGAUUGGUAUGCUGACAUGAGUUUCUUGGACUUCUUGCGGGACGUUGGGAAGUAUUCACGCCUGGGGACCAUGCUUGCAAAAGAUAGUGUCAAGUCUCGACUUUCAAGUGAAAGUGGUAUAAGCUUUACCGAGUUUGCAUAUCAGCUUUUGCAAGGUUAUGAUUUCGUUCAUCUUCUCCGAUCACAACAAGUGUCUGUGCAAGUCGGUGGGAGUGACCAGUGGGGGAAUAUCACCGCUGGGACCGACCUUAUACGCAGACUUGAACCUUCUGCUGACGUAUCUGGGCUUACCUUUCCACUUCUACUAAAGUCAGAUGGCACAAAAUUUGGAAAAUCUGAGCAAGGCGCGAUUUGGCUUUCUACUUCGAGAUUGUCACCUUACAAGUUCUAUCAAUAUUUCCUGAACGUAGAUGACGCUGACGUCAUUCGACUCCUGAAGAUGCUGACGUUUGUACCGUUGGCUGAAGUUUUAGAGUAUGAACGUCACAUGAGUCAGCCUAGCUACAUAGUAAACACUGUCCAAAGGCGUCUCGCUGAGGAAGUAACGCGAUUUGUUCACGGAGUGCAAGGGUUGGAAGAAGCGCAGGCUGCUACCUCUGUGCUGAAACCAGGGGCGGACACUGAUUUAGAUGUGACCGCGUUGACUGCUCUCGAAGGUAUCGUACCGAGCGCAACACUCCCUAUGCAACAGGUGUUAGGCAUCAGUCUAGUCCAACUGGCUGUUGACGUAGGAUUACAGCCAAGCAAAGGCGCCACCAAGCGGUUGAUUCAAGGUGGAGGUUUGCGACUUAACAACAUCAAAGUCUUGUCAGAUGAAGCUACCGUGAGCAUGGCAGACAUUGUCGACGGUAGGCUACUACUGCUUGCCGCUGGAAAAAAAAACAAGUUAUUGAUAUCGGUCACUUGA